CCCGUUUCCUGACUGCUUUCUGUUCUGAUCACUUCUUGCCUGCAGAGGGGUUGGGAUUCUUAUUCAAAACCUCUUUUGCUGUUUGUUUAUGUUUUCAUCCUUGGAAGGACAGCUUUUUAAUUCACAGGGAUUCCUGUUUCUCCUUGAGAGACACUUGGAUUGAAGAACCAGGGGGAUGUAGACAGAGCAGGAGACUGCAGCCUGUGGUCCAAAUGGUUUGUGAAAUGAAACUGAAGAACUCCCUUGGUGGCCAUGUGGUUGGUGGUAUCCUAGAGAGACUGAGUGCCAUCACCAUCAACCCCCAGCAUAUUCUGGAGGAGAUUCUACCAAGGGUCCCCAGCACUGUGACUGACAAUGAUGUGCCCAUGCUCUUCCGGGAGCCCUACAUCCAUAGUGGUUAUCGGCAGGUGAAGCAGGAAUGGAAAUACUACCUUCUCAGCCUCUUCCAGCAACACAACGAGGCCGUCAACGUCUGGACACACCUGCUGGCUGCUCUGGUGCUUCUGGUCCGUUUCCGAGCAUUCCUGGAGACGACCUCUCCAUUCCCCACUGUCUACAGCCUCCCACUUUGCUUCUUUGUGGCUGCCUGUGUAACCUACCUGUCGUGCAGUGUGCUAGCCCAUCUCUUCCAAUCCAAGUCGGAGCUGGCCCAUUACUCUUUCUACUUCCUGGACUAUGUGGGUGUGGGUGCUUACCAAUAUGGCAGUGCCCUGGCACAUUACUAUUACUGCAUGGAGCCUGAGUGGCACCAGGUGAUUCGCCCCUUCUUCUUGCCCAUUGCUGCCAUUCUGGGCUGGCUCUCCUGUUUGGGCUGUUGUUUCUCCAAAGUCCACUUCCAGCGGCCUUACCCCAUCACCCGGAAGGUGUGCCAGGUGGUGCCCGCCUUUCUGGCCUACGUCCUGGACAUCAGCCCCAUUGUCCACCGGAUUGCCACCUGCUGGGCCCAGGGUUGCACUGACCAUGCUGUCUGGUACCACACCUGGCAGAUUGUUCUGUUUGUCAUCGCUUCCGGCUUCUUCUCUUACCCGAUGCCAGAGAAGUAUUUCCCGGGAAAGUUCGACAUUGUGGGGCACGGCCACCAGGUCUUCCAUGUCUUCCUGUCUCUCUGCACAUUAGCUCAACUAGAAGCUGUGCUGAUGGACUACAGCAAUCGGCGUGAGAUGUUCUCCACCUGGGGGGAUGAGCACAUGGUCUACAUCUCGUGCAUAAACUUCAUCGUGCUGAUUGUCUGCAGUGGUGGUUCAGCGAUCUACCUGAGGAGGAUAGUCAAAGACAAGCUGCACAAGAAAGGAGACUGAGGGAUGCGAUAUAGGCCCCUAUCUUCUCUCCUGGGUUUCCUGGAGAUUCUGUCUGUACUCCAAAAAGAAGCUCAUGAUUUUGUUUUGAAUAUAAGCAGAUGUCAAGGCCCAAGGCCAACCCCUGGGUCUUGUUUGCAUUCAUUUGUUGGUAGAGUCUUGUCCGGGAGGGAACUGCUGUCCUUAUGAAUGAGGGGAUACGUGUCUCUGUGUGGGGUGUGUGGGGUGAGGGGUGAUGUCUGUCUAACUUGCAGGAGUGAGGGUCUCCUGUCUCAUGCUGAAGGGCUACAAGAGGCCGGUGAUGUUGCUGCUGUCGAAGCAGUUGGUGGUCUCUCGGUUUGUUCAGCAUCAGAUGCCCCAUACCUGGGAAAAGCUCCUGUGCAUUAACUGAACACCACAACUGGAUUGAGCGGGCACUGGGAAAGACUGGCAGCAAGUGGGCACAACAGCAAAGCUAGAAUUGAACAGGGCGACUCUCACCCAGACAUAGGAAUAGAAAGUUCAGAUAUCCGAAAGGAUGUGAAUAACUAACUUUAAAUAUAACCCAUGCUGUCUCUGUCCUGGGAGUGUUUGAUGGGGAAAGUGUACAGUGUGCUUUACUCUUUACCUAAUCCUGUGCUCUGUGCUUGAGUGUUUGAUUGAAGUGCAGUGAGAGCUUUACUCUCAGUCUAGUCCCAUGCUGUCCGUGUCCUCGCAGAAUCUGAUGCGGACAAUGUAGAGAGAGCUUUACUUUAUAUCUAAACCUUGUGCUGUCCACGGAUUGGGAGUGUUUGAUGGGGGGACAGUGAGGAGGGAACUUUAGUCUCAAUCUAACCACGUGCUGUCCUUGUCCUCGGAGUGUCUGGUGGGGAUAGUGUAGAGGUAGCUUUACUCUGUAUCUAAAUCCUGUGUUGUCCCUGCACUGGGAGUGUUUGAUGGGGACUGUGCAGACGAAGCUUUGCUUUCAGUUUAAAAUAGGAAACUUUACCUUGUUUCUAACCCAAGCUGUGCUUGUUCUGGGAGCAUUUGAUGUGGACAGUGAAAAGGGAGCUUUACUCUGUAUCAAACACCUUGCUGUCCCUGUUCUGGGAGUGUUUUGGGGGACAGUGUAUGGUUGCUUUGGUCUGUAUCUAACUUCGUAUUGUCCCUGUCCUGGGAGUGUUUGAUGGAGACAGGGUCAUGGAAGAUUUCCUUUCAGUUCAAAAGAGCAGAGGGAAAAUCACUCUAACCCUGUUCUGACCCUGUCCUGGGAGGGCUGCUUGGUUGAAAUCUGAAUUGACGCGUUAUAAGAAUUGUAUGACUGUCUGUAUAUUUCUGUGUAUAAAUUUAAAACUACUCAUUAAGUGAAAUGAAUAGCAGGGGACAUGAAUGUCAGAGUCCCUAUUUCUCCUUUUAAGUCUUAAGUAUAUCUUUAGUAAGUCUUUAAUUUAUAAUCAGAGACUGUAUUAACUACACCAGUUAGUGCAGGUAUAUAUUGGAAUGUUGAACCAGCACAAGAAGGGAAAGUUCGUGGAGCAUGUUACACUGUUGAAUGGAAUGUGAUCCUGAAAUCAUUUCCAUUUAGUGCUGCUGCACUUGCUGAGUUUCAUUGGAGUGAUUUCUCAUCAGUGGUGAUGAGAGGUAUGGUGCUUCACUGAGUGCUGACAGAAUCUAUAAUGAAGCCUGGGAGUUAUGAAGAGCUGACCAGGCUAGAAUAGAUCACAGAAUGGGUUAAAUUUGGUGAUUGGUGCCCGUUAUUUUUGAAAAGCAGGCAGUGUUUGUUCAGAGAUAGUUGGAACUGCAGAUGCUGGAGAAUCCGAGACAACAAAGUGCAGAGCUGGAUGAACACAGCAGGCCAAGCAGCUCUGAAUAGCUCAUCCUGACCUUCCACUGGAUUACACCAGUCCAUUACUGUAACUGCAUCAGGAAACUGGAGGCACCUUGAGAGUAUUCAACAAAUGUUUGUACCAGUUUUCCCCAUUUCCCUGAGGUCUCCUGCUGAUCUCUCAGUCGAGUGACUGGAGAAUAGCUGUGUAAUUCGACAAUGAAUUUGGCUUUAUGCCGCAGUUACACAGUCAGGAUCCAGAACCAGAAACCCAACAGCAACCAAACAAGGUGUGUCCAGAUACAGUCAGGCAUAGGUGAGAUCAGAAGGAAGCUUAGAAUAACAUUAUACAAUUAUUUUAGGAAAAACCCAGGGAAUUAGCCCAUAGACUGCCAGGUUUUUGAAUUAACAUUACAGAUUGUAAUCACAGGUGUGAUCCAGACAUUUGGACUAUUAGACAGCGUCCCUUUGUCCAUCAGCAUCAUCGCAAUUGUCCCUGAGCAAUUAGUCAAUUAUUCUUUAAUUCAUGCAUCCCUAGGCACCACAUAAAUGAAUAGCAUUGAAGGCACUGUACAAAUUAAUAUUGUUGCACCUGCUGCAAAUAGCAUGGGUAAGUGGGAGGAUUGGGGGUGCUGGAGCCAGUGAUAGGGUGAGAGUGUAGAUGGUGUAUAGUAGAGUCAGUGAUGAGGGGAGAGCAUA